UUAAUAAAAAUUACAUUUGACGACGUCGCAACAACUACAACAAAAAAUACACAACAAAAUGUCUUCCAUGGCUGCAUUUGAUCAAAUCAAAAUUGGACUCAAAAUGGUCGACUUCAAGGUGCAACAGCGUCGUUAUCGUACCAGCGAAAAGACUGUCGUCAGCACCACCUAUGGCCCCAUCAAGGGGGUCAAACGCAAGUCCAUCUAUGGUCAAUCGUAUUUCAGUUUCGAGCGUAUACCCUUUGCCAAGCCACCAGUUGGGGAGCUGCGCUAUAGGGCGCCACAGCCACCAGAAAUAUGGACUGAGGUCAAAAGCUGCACAUCACAGGGUCCAAAGCCGCUUCAGAAGCAUUUUGUAUUCGAGAUGACAGAUGGUUCUGAGGACUGUCUCUAUCUCAAUGUGUAUACCAAGAAUUUAUAUCCCACUAAACCAAUGCCUGUCAUGGUCUGGAUCUAUGGCGGCGGCUUUCAGUUUGGCGAGGCCUCACGUGAAUGCUACAGUCCAGACUAUUUGCUGCGCGAGGAUGUGGUCGUAAUAUCCAUUAAUUAUCGCCUGGGUCCACUGGGCUUCUUGUGCCUAGAGGAUCCCGAGUUUGAUGUGCCCGGCAAUGCGGGUCUCAAGGAUCAGGUCUUGGCUCUACGCUGGGUGAAGGCCAACUGCUCGAGAUUUGGCGGCGACUCGAAUAAUAUUACAAUUUUUGGUGAUAGCGCGGGCAGCGCUUCAGUGCACUACAUGAUGAUAACAGAGCAGACGCGCGGCCUUUUUCACAAGGCCAUCUGCAUGUCGGGGAAUACCCUUUCGCCCUGGGCUGUAACGCCGCAGCGCAAUUGGCCUUAUCGGCUGGCUGUGCAAGCCGGCUACACGGGCGAAGCUACGGAGCGUGAGGUAUGGGAAUUCCUGAAGAAUGCCAAAGGCUCUGAUAUAAUCAAGGCUAAUGGCGAGCUCUGCAUCGACGAGGAGAAAAAGGAGCGUAUUGGCUUCUCCUUUGGCCCCGUCAUCGAACCCUACGAAACCAGCCACUGCGUGGUGCCCACCAAGCCCAUCAUAAUGAUGCGCACUGCCUGGAGCAACAGUAUACCUCUCAUCCUGGGCGGUGUCUCCAACGAAGGUCUGUUGCUCUACUCCGAAACCAAGUCGAAUCCCAAGUGUCUCAACGAGCUCGGUGACUGCCGCUACGUGGUGCCUAUUGAGCUAAACCUGGAUCGCGAUAGCGAACUUUGCAAGGACUAUGGCGAGCAGCUGCGUCAGUGCUACUAUGGCGAUAAGACGCCCAGUCUGGACACGCUUCACGAGUAUCUGCAGAUGGUCUCACACGAGUACUUCUGGUUCCCCAUUUAUCGCACAGUAUUGUCGCGAUUGGAGCACGCGUCGAGCGCACCCACCUAUUUGUACCGCUUCGAUUUCGACUCGAAGCACUUUAAUCAUCUGCGCAUACUCAGCUGUGGCAAGAAGGUGCGUGGCACCUGCCACGGCGACGAUUUGUCGUAUCUGUUUUACAAUUCGCUAGCGCGCAAGCUCAAGAAUCAUACGCGGGAAUACAAAUGCAUCGAGCGCUUGGUCGGCUUGUGGACACAUUUUGCCACAUAUGGCAAUCCCAAUUAUGAUCCCGAGCAGGCGGAACUGUGGGAGCCUGUGUCGGCCAGUGCAGUUGAGAAGCAUCAGCUGAAGUGCCUUAAUAUAUCCGACGAUCUGAAGAUAAUCGAUGUGCCCGAGCUGCGCAAAUUGAUGGUCUGGGAGAGUUUCUUUAAGCGCGACGAGCUGCUGUGAACAAGGGUGUGCUGUGAGGGGAAUGGGGGCCUCUACUUAGCAUUAGCAUUAGCUUUAUGUUGAAAACAAUGCAAAGCGUAGCUUUAAAGUCUAGAAAGAACCAUCUAUAUAUGUGCUGUUAAGUUUGUCCAAGAACGAAAUUCUAUUUAAGCCUGUUCAAGUUUGAUCCCUGUCUAUAAUGUCUACAGAUCGCUGUUAGAUUCAGAUACUAAUUAUUAUAAUUGAGGUUAUCUCUAGAGAAUGAUAUAAGUCGCCACUGAAGUACCUUUUGAUAACGCGUUAUGGAUCCGUACGGCCAAUGAAUGUGCAUAAAGAAAAUGUUCCUUAUGAGUCGCAAAAGAAAAACUACUUAUAUCAAGCAUAUAUUUCCUAUAUAUAUAUGCAUAAGGCUGUCAGAGCGCCCUAAAACUAUGAUUUUUCUUGUAUUAUAUGGCGUUCAGUUCUCUUCCGUGCACAAAAAAAAAACAACAACUUACCCAAAUAAUACUAUUUUUUAUAUAUAUUAUUAUUUUUUGAAU